AUGGCUCCCUCAGUUCCUCUCGGGAGAGAGUCACCCAUCACGAUGACCCAGCGUCGUCUCCUCUGGCUGCCCGGUUGUUCCUCAGCCUGUCUGGUGGUAACUGUGGACAUGGCCUCCAUUGCUGCACUCUCUCCCGGUGAUGCCGGGGCCUCAUCCCUGUUCCCCAGCUGCACAGGGGGAGUCGCUUCAGCAGUGUGCCAUCUAGUUCUGGAGGUGACUGUCUUUCAUCUUUCUGCAUCAGGUCCCUCGGAUGAUGCCAUCCCACUACAUGUGCGGUCCUGCAGAGUGGAAGUACCCGUCAAUCUCUUCCUCAACCGCCCUGAUCCCCUGCAGCCUGAUAACCUCUGCCUGGAGUUCCCUAACUUGCCUCUCCAGGGUCUCAAGCUGGGCACACAUGGGACAGAGAGUCCUGGCUCCACCUGGAUCUGCCCUAGGCACAGCAAGAUCCCCUGCACCAUUACCGCCAACGUGGGAGCCCAGCUUGUCUCUUGGGCUGAGCCCCAGCCCACUACAGCUGCAUCUGCUGCCCUGCCCCUGACACUGGGAAAGAACCAGACACACUCUGGAGAUGUGGCCUUUACAGACCGUGGUUCAUGCUUCCCUUCUCCCAUCUCAGAGAGGCAGCUGCCCAGGGGACAGCCUGUGGGGGCAUUGGGGGGGUAA